AUGAGUGCGCUUUUGGAAACUUCGCUGGGUGAUAUUGUCAUCGACCUGUUGGUCGAUGAGUCGCCCAAGGCUUGUGAGAACUUCCUAAAGCUGUGCAAGCUCAAGUACUACAAUUUCUCGCCUAUCCACAGCGUCCAAAAGAACUUCACCUUCCAAACUGGUGAUCCCCUUGGCCCUGAUGCUCCCGAGAGUGAUGGCGGGUCUUCGAUCUGGGGUCUGCUGGACGGACCGUCGAAGCGCACUUUUCCAAUCGAGGUACCGCGCAAACUGAAGCAUACCGAACGGGGCACAGUGAGCAUGGCGACAGUGCCCGCGACCAAUGACCCUGAACAGCGACUGGCGGCAAGUCAAUUUAUUGUCACUCUGGGAGAUAAUCUGGAUUACUUGGAUGGGAAAGCCGCGAUCUUCGGCAAGGUCGUGGAGGGCUUUGAUGUGCUGGAGAAGAUCAACGACUCGUUCAUCGAUGACCGAGGUCGGCCGUUGAAGGACAUUCGUAUUCGUCACACCACAGUCUUGGAUGACCCCUUUGACGACCCGCCGAAGUUGGUAGAGCCGCCCGAGAGCCCGGUACCCUCCAAAGCGCAACUGGCCACUGUUCGAAUCGCAGACGAUGAAGACCUGGAUGAUGAUAUGGACGAAGAGGCUAUGGAGAAGCUGCGCCGUGAGCGCGAGGCUCGCGCGCAGGCAUUGACCUUGGAGAUGGUAGGUGAUCUGCCUUUUGCCGAUGUCAAACCACCCGAAAACAUUCUCUUUGUCUGCAAGCUUAAUCCAGUCACACAAGACGAGGACCUUAACUUAAUUUUCAGUCGCUUCGGAACCAUCUUGUCCUGCGAGGUUAUUCGGGACAAGCGUACCGGCGACAGUCUACAAUAUGCCUUUAUUGAAUUUGAGGACCAAAAAGACUGUGAACAGGCCUAUUUCAAAAUGCAGGGUGUUCUAAUUGAUGAUCACCGGAUCCACGUUGAUUUCUCACAAAGUGUGUCCAAGUUGUCCGAGAGCUGGCGCAACGCCACUGUCACCAAACGCCGACAGAGGGGUGGAUUUGGUGGUGUGGCCGAUCUUGAGGCGAAACGAUGGUUUUUGACAAGCGCAACAAGACCAAUGCUGCUGAUGCCCGGGACAACAAUCCCAAACCUCGCGAUUCUCACCGAGAUCGAGGCAGUCGCAGCCCCCGUGGACGAGAUCGAGAUCAAGAUCGGUACCGUCGUCGAUCGUAUAGUCGCAGCCCUCGGCGGGACCAAGACAAAGACUCGCGAACCAACCGAGACCGGGAACGAGUUCGUUACGAACGCGAUCGUCGCAGAUGACAAUGCGAUCCCAUGUUGA